CCAUAAAUGAAUCACUGAUCCCGAGUCAGCCAAAUCGACACCGGAUGUCAGUAAGUAAAAGGAAAAGUUCCGUUUUCGGGAGCGAUUUUCUACAGGAAAUACCUUCCGCCGUAGAGAGCAUUUGUGAAGGGCUGCCAUUUUACCGACCUUACGAAGCACAAUAAAAAGAUGGUCCUCAAAGUGGUCCAGCUCACCUCUAAGUCCCACCAUGAGAACAUCCUGGCCUCUCUGCAUCAGCUGAGGCUGCAGGGACAGCUGAGUGACGUCACCGUGCAGGUAGACUACCAGGGAGAAGUGCAGGAGUUCCAGGCCCAUCAGGUGAUGCUGGCAGCAUCCAGCGGCUACUUCAGGGACAUCCUCCUCUCUCAGGAUGCUACCAGAGACAAAGUAUUACUCUCCAAUAUGCACUCCAAUGAUUUCUCAAAGUUUUUGGAAUUUGUGUACACUGGUAAAGUUGAAGUUGUCAGAGAUAAGAUUGGUGAUGUUCAAGCAACGGCACAGUUUUUGGACUGUGAAGAUUUGUCACAGAUAUGUGGUGAGGCCAUGAGUGCUGGAAUCCUACAAAAACCUACAAAGAAAACUGAAUCUGAGGAUGUUGGUAAAGGUGAUUUACAUGACGCUAAGAAUGAAAAAGGGACCAAGGGAAAGAAGCAGCCUAAACGAGUACUUCUCAAGCGGCGGCUCUCUCCUCAGAGCUCUGACAAAGUAGUACUUUCAAAAAGAUUAAAGGCAAAGAAUGCAGUGAAGAGUGAUCAAAGACACAUAAAAAAACUAAAACUGAGGCUGACUGGUCGUAAAAUCCUUCCGAGGCAUUUAAAUACCAAAAAAGUGGCUAGCAUCAACAAUGAAAACCAAGUUACAGAUGAAGACACAGUGGAGAAUGAAGACAGGACUGAAGCUGAGGCUCAGGCAGAGGAUGGGGACAAAUCAUCUUUGGGAAUGCCAGCUGCUGAUGUAGAUGAUUGGGAAUGUGAGGGAUAUGUACAGAGUAGUGAUCGUGAGGAGUCCUUGUUAUCUCUGGGAGAAGAGGAGGAGGAGGAGGAUGAUGAAGAGGAGGAUGAUGAUGAGGAGGAGGAGGAUGAGGAAGGACAAUCCAAGGAGACAUCCAAAAGAACUUCCAAGGCCCAGUUCCAGUGUAACAAGUGCCAGCGGACGUUCCAUUAUGAGAGAAGCUACUUAAAGCACAUCAGUACGUAUCAUGGAGUAAAAGCAGAUGUCAUCUAUCGCUGUGAGACCUGCCAGCAAACCUUUGCUAACCGUAGCAAUCUGAAGAUCCACGAAAAGCACGUCCACAGUAACGAGAGGCUGUUCACCUGCGACUCCUGCGGGAAGACCUUCAAAAGGAAGAAAGAUGUUGUCCGCCAUACAAGACAGGUACAUGAACGUAACAAUAUGAGACAUGUCUGCACUGACUGUGGGAAGGCACUCAGCUCCAAAACUGCCCUGUUGUUGCAUGAGAGGACACACACAGGGGCCAAGCCUUUUGAGUGCAGCGACUGCGGGGCCAGAUUUACCCAGAACUCUGCACUCAAGAUGCACCGCAGGACUCACACAGGAGAAAAGCCAUUUGCAUGUGAUGAGUGUGAGUCCAGGUUCACUCAGAAACACAUGUUGGCCUAUCAUAAGCGAUCACACACGGGAGAGAAGCCCUUCAUGUGUGAGGCCUGCGGGAAGAGCUUCGCAUCUAAAGAAUACCUGAGGCACCACUCAAACAUCCACACUGGGUCCAAGCCAUACAAGUGCGAGCAGUGUGGCCGAGGCUUCGCUCAGAGGAAUUCCCUACACCAGCAUCUGAAGAUACAUACAGGUGAGCGUCCCUACAGCUGUAAAGACUGUGACAAGCACUUCACCCAGCUCAAUGCCCUCCAGAGGCACCAGCGUAUCCACACAGGAGAGAAGCCAUACAUGUGUGGUCUCUGUCGGCGCACCUUUACAGACAAGUCCACCCUCCGUAGGCACACUAUGAUUCAUGACUCCACCGCUCCGUGGAAAACCUACCUUGUGGUUCUGGAGGGAAAUGUGGAGGAUAAGAAACCAAAAUCUCCUACUAAGGGAAAGACUGAAAAAGCAGGAGCAAAGGAGAAAAGGAGCACCGCUAAAAAAAAUAAUGUUGCUGCUGCUGCUUCUGAGAACACUCACACGGACUCCUUUGAGAUGUCUUCUGAGCCUGUGAUCCUCCCACCUGAGUGGACCGGCCAUGGGGCCAUCGCUCUGGUCAGCCACGGGGCCCUCGGCGGGAUCACCGUCAUCCACACAGAGAUGCCCCCUGGGACCCAGAUCCAGCCUAUCAUAACCACUGACAGCACGGGGGCCAGCGUCAUUUCCAUAGAUGGAUCAGGCAUCCCUUUCUCCAUACCAGUGUCCAUUGCUCACAGUCUGCCCAUGUACUCUGAAGCCUCCAUGUCUCUGUCUACAUCCACUGUUGUUUCUCCUGUUUCUGAUGGCCCGUUCACGUCAGAGAUCCAAACCAUUUCUACGUCAUCUGUCCUGGAAGCCGCGGUCUCACAGACCAUUUUAGCUCCAGUUUUAGAGACGAAGGCCACGUCCCAGGCGGAUAUUUCGCAGCCUGAUCUCCUGACCGUGGUAAUCGGUAAUGGUGUUUGCCCAAAUGAACUAACAGCUGCUGUCCAAGGUGAUGGAACGCAGAGGACAGCAGACUUAGACGAUCCCUUAGCUCAAGAUGCUGUGUAGGAAAUGCUUUUUAAUAUAUAGAAUUUUAUCUGGGUGUGAUGAAUUUAAAAUCACCCUUUUAAUGGUAUUUCACGUUUGGAAUUAGCUGUGUGUUCUGACCAUGUGGGGUUUCAUCAUUACUGUCAUCUCAAAGUCCUUUGUUUCAUUAACAGACCGGGGUGUCUUCAGUGUUAGUCGCACUCAAAAGAAAAAUCAUGUUUCAGGAAUCAAAUCUAAAUAUGACUAAGAUAUUAGUGUAAUCAUAAAAUAAUAUUGUACAUAUUUCAUCAAUUAUAGAGUCAAACGUGGCAUAACUCAUACUGCUGAGGAUUUGUUAUGGUGUGAAUGUAAAUGAAUUGUGUAUGUCACUUUUCUUUCUUUAGAACCAUGUACACAUUGCCACAGCUGUGUUUCAAACAGCAUGAAAUCCUUUAUCCGGCUACACCCAAUAAUGAAAGUUGUACUUUUUUCCAAUAAAGAAAAAGACCUCUGAA